AUGAUGCCCCCUCAGCAAGAAACAGCUGUUACAUCUAACAUUCCGGCCAACCCCCACGGCCCGGAAAACAGCUCCGUCCACGCCGAACCACCUUCCUCCGCCGCCAAUCUCAUUCACAACAACAAUAAUUCUCGCCACCACCCACCACCUAAUUCACCACCCAAAUUUUCUGUUCUUCACCAAUCCCUUCGCCCCGUUACCCUCAAAUUUGAGGAUGUUUCCCAUAGCAUAACUUUUGGAAGUGACAAAAAUGGUUGUGUAUCUUCUCAAAAAUCAAAGCACACAAGGACGGUGUUGAACGGUGUGACUGGUAUGGUGGGGCCAGGGGAGGUGAUGGCAAUGUUGGGUCCCUCAGGGAGUGGCAAGACCACUUUACUCACAGCCCUCGCCGGCCGUCUCGCCGGAAAACUCUCCGGCGCCAUCACGUACAACAACCAGCCUUUCUCUAGCUCCAUGAGGCGCAACAUAGGGUUUGUGUCCCAAGAUGAUGUGUUGUAUCCUCACCUCACUGUGGUUGAGACUCUGACUUAUGCUGCCAUGUUGAAACUUCCAAAAAGUUUGACAAGGGAAGAGAAAAUGGAGCAAGCUGAGAUGAUAAUUGGGGAACUAGGGUUGUCCCGGUGUCGAAACAACCUCGUUGGUGGUGGUGGCGCCCUGUUCCGGGGGAUAUCAGGUGGGGAGCGAAAGCGGGUCAACAUAGGACAAGAGAUGUUGGUGAAUCCAAGUUUGUUGUUGCUUGAUGAACCAACGUCAGGGUUGGAUUCCACGACGGCGCAACGCAUCGUGGCAAUGCUUCAGAGUGUUGCCCGGCGCGGUCGGACGGUGGUGACCACCAUUCACCAGCCUUCAAGCAGGUUGUAUUGGAUGUUUGAUAAGGUGUUGUUGUUAUCAGAUGGAUACCCAAUUUUCACUGGACAAGCAUGUCAGGUCAUGAAUUAUCUUGAGUCCAUUGGAUUUGUGCCCACUUUCAAUUUCAUCAACCCAGCUGAUUUUCUGCUUGAUCUUGCUAAUGGUGUAGUUGUUGAUGUCAAAGAAGAUGAACAUUUAGAUCACUAUGAGGAUCAAGCUUCAGUCAAACAAUUCCUAGUUUCAUCGUAUAAGAAGAAUGUAUAUCCUCUUCUAAAGCAAGAGAUUCAACAAAAUCAUAGAGAACAAACAUUUUUGGCUCCAGGAACACUUAGAAGUUCUGAUAACCAAUGGACAACUAGCUGGUGGGAACAAUUCAUGGUUUUGCUUCAAAGGGGUUUAAAGGAGAGGAGGCAUGAAUCUUUUUCUCACCUAAGGAUCUUCCAAGUCUUCUCUGUCUCAAUUCUCUCAGGACUUCUAUGGUGGCAUUCUGAUUCCUCACAUGUACAAGACCAGGUAGGCCUGUUAUUCUUCUUUUCCAUCUUCUGGGGGUUCUUCCCUCUCUUCAAUGCCAUCUUUGCUUUUCCUCUGGAUCGACCAAUGUUGGUGAAAGAAAGAUCAUCAGGCAUGUACCAGUUAUCCUCCUAUUAUGUUGCCAGGACAGUUGGGGACUUACCAAUGGAGCUUGUGCUUCCUACUAUCUUUGUAACAAUAUCUUAUUGGAUGGGGGGUCUAAAGCCUUGUUUUGUUACAUUUGUGUUUACUCUCUUGAUAAUGCUUUUGAAUGUGCUAGUUUCUCAAGGAAUAGGCCUAGCACUUGGAGCCAUUCUGAUGGAUGUCAAACAAGCCACAACCUUAGCUUCAGUGACUAUGUUAGUGUUUCUUUUAGCAGGGGGUUACUACAUUCAACAAAUUCCAUUCUUUAUAUCUUGGUUGAAGUACAUUUCUUUCAGUCACCAUUGCUAUAAGCUUCUUGUAGGAGUGCAAUACUCAAUGAAUGAGGUGUAUCAGUGUGGACAGGGGUUACAUUGUAAGAUCAGAGAUUUUCCUGCCAUAAAGUGUCUAGGGCUUCAUAAUUUGUGGAAAGAUGUGGUUGUGUUGAUCAUAAUGUUGAUUGGAUAUAGAGUUGUGGCAUACCUAGCUUUGAGGAAGAGGCUACAUCAUUGCUAG